AUGGCUCCGAGGACUUUCUUUGCAUACAUCGAACUGAAGGAGUUGAAAAGGACACGUAUGAUCCCCGAGGACUUCUUUCCAUGCAUCGAACUGAAGGAGCCUUCACGAACUGAACAGGUUCCAACAUAG